UGAAACAUUUGUUUCCCAAACACUAAAAGGAGAAAAUCUAUCCAAGAAAGCAAAAGAAGGAAGGGAAGUUCUUCUCAAGAAGAUGAAGGAUAUUAAGGCAAGCUAUCCUCAGGAGUUCCCGCAGAAAGAGCUGGAAGAUGAGGAAGAGUCUGAGAACUCUCUUUCUUCACCUCCUGAUAGCGUUUCAAUAGCAUCUGACCGAUAUGAUAAAGAGGACGAAGCACCUUCUGAUGGGAAUCAGUUUCCCCCUGUUGCAGCUCAGGAUCUUCAGUUUGUUCUGAAGGCUGGAUACCUGGAAAAACGUAGAAAAGACCACAGUUUUCUUGGCUUUGAGUGGCAGAAGCGUUGGUGUGCUAUCAGCAAGACAGUUUUCUAUUACUAUGGAAGCGACAAAGACAAACAACAGAAAGGUGAAUUUGCCUUAGAGGGCUAUACCAUCAGAAUGAAUAAUAGCCUUCGGAAGGAUGCAAAGAAAGACUGUUGUUUUGAAAUCUCUGCUCCAGAUAAGCGCAUUUAUCAGUUUACAGCUGCCACUCCCAAAGAAGCAGAGGAAUGGGUACAGCAAGUCAAAUUUGUAAUUCAAGACACAGAAUCUAAUACUAUUCCUGAGGAGGAAGAGGAAUAUGAUGAUGUUGAACAAGUGAACAGUGAACCGACAGAUGAUAGCAUUUAUGAAGAAGUUAAAGAAGAACGUCUUUCUUCAGGAGCUGAAAUGUCAAGCAAUGAGAGCCAGGAUGAAGUUUUCACUGUUUCAGAUGGUGAAAAUAUCGAUUAUGCCAAUUUCUACCAAGGUUUGUGGGACUGCACAGGAGAUGAAAGCGAUGAGUUGACAUUUAAACGUGGUGACGUUAUCUACAUUAUCAGCAAGGAGUACAAUAAAUUUGGCUGGUGGGUAGGAGAAAUGAAGGGAACCAUUGGCUUGGUGCCUAAAGACUACAUAAUGGAGAUGUAUGAUAUUUGAGAGGCCUGGGAGAAAUCUGCACUUGAAAUGAAGAGUGGUGUGCAGCUGCAGUUUACAGACCCAGCCUCUGGAAGAAGAUUCUGCUGUACAUGUUUUGUGGUUUCAGUGAAUGUAGUCAGAUCGUUGCCUUGUGUAUAUUAAAUAUUAUAAACUGUAAUUGA